GUCGCCCACCAACUCCACACAAUCCAUGUAUAAAAGCCCCCCUCGAAUUCCUCCACCAUCAGACCAUUCGAGCACUCUCUCUCUCUCUCUCUCUCUCUCUAGAAACGCAAAUUCCAGACGAAGCUCGAAGGCAGGGGAUUCCGCAUCCUUGAUAAUGCAGAGGGAAAGACAGGGAAGGGAAGACUUCUUCAACCUGGGAGACCCUUUUAGCAGUUUCCGGGGGUUUGGCGGUUUUCCUAGCCUUUUUGGCAGAAGAGAUCCAUUUGACGAUCCAUUUUUCACACGUCCUUUUGGUAGCAUGUUCAGUACUGGGGUGUUUGGCCCUGGCUAUGCAAUUGAUGAUACUCCAUCUUCAAAUACUUCUAAGGGUCUUGUCAUUGAAGAACUGGACUCUGAUGAUGAAGGAGGUGUUGGAAAGAAAGAAGAUACAAAUCACGAGACAAAUGGAAAUGAUAUGUAUCAAAGGCAUAAUGCAUCAAUUAGAGCACCGUCUGUUGAGCACCCAGAUGAUGAUGCUCAUGAGAACAGGAGCAAUGUCAUUUACAGUGGUGACCAUAGCAGGGUGGGAGAGAAGCAUAAUCAGGGUCGAAGUUUCAGUGUACAGAGUUGCAAAGUCACCUAUGGUGGUGUGGAUGGCGCAUACUACACUUCUACGAGAACUCACAGAACUGACAAUGAUGGGGUUGUGCUUGAGGAAGGCAAAGAAGCAGAUGCAACAACUGGUCAAGCAACACAUAGGAUAUCCCGUGGUAUUCUUGAUAAGGGUCAUUCGCUCACAAGGAAGCUUCGCUCAGAUGGCAAGGUGGAUACAGUGCAAACCUUGCACAACCUGAAUGAAGAUGAACUUACUGGUUUUGAAAAAGCAUGGAAAAGUAGUGGUAGAGGGUCUUCACCUGGAUGGAGCCAUGAUUAUGAUCUGCAGCAGAAAGCAGGUCGUGGCAGUGAUGCACAGAAAGGCAGCUCGAGCUCUGGAGGGUGGGCACUGCCAUCUGUAGACCAGAUAAUGAGGCCCGUUGGAAUGGGGGCCCAUUAUGCAGCAAGAUCUGUGCCUUCUAAUGAGAGGACUAAAAAGGUGGUUAGGAUCAAUAUAGACUAGAUUACGAGAUCAAUUUUUGUUUACUGUGAGAUUUGUUGUGUCUGAUCAAUUGUAUGUCGAAGUU